ACCCGAAAGCAGGCUACUGCGCUACAAAUUUAACAACGGCAGUUUUAAGAACCGACAGAGUGAUCAUUUGUGACUGGAUCAUUGAAGCCAUUCCGAAAUGGAGGAUGAAACUGAAUUGUUACAAAAUAUAUUUACAAAAGUAAAUAGUGAUGUUAUGAACCAGUUCCUUCACGCCUGUGUCGACGAAAUAUGCGGGCGGAAACGAGUGACGUUUCAACAGUUUACAAACAGCGUUGAAUGGACCGAGAAUGAGUACAAAAUAGCCCGUCAGGUUAUUUUCGAUUUGUUAAGAAAUCCGGCAGUGCUGUAUCUUGAAAAUGAAAGGAUGCCACAUCGAUAUGUUGAAACGCCUGCCGAAUUACAACUUGCGAUACGCACAUGUGUAAAUAUACGAAGAGAGCAUCUGGUUAAGGCGCUAUUGAGGGAGCAUUCAAUCAAAAAUGGAACGACGUUGCUCGACUUUGACUGGAGAUUAAAGUGGAUUAUGGGAUCAAGCAAACUCGCCACGUUGAAAGAACCUCUUCUGCAGUUGGAUCUUAUCACCGAAGAUAGCAAGAGUCAGCAAAUCCUCGAUCUUGAGUUGAACAGAGAUGAACUCGACAUGUUGAUAAAUGCGUUGGAGGAAGUGGGAGGCUGAUUUGAAAAACUGUUACUAUACCGAAAUUAUAAUAGCGUUCAGAAUAAAGAUAUGCUUACGCUUGGAUAAUCUUAUUCUA